CAACUUAUCGCUAUUCACAACUGCAGAGGCUCUUGUAGUGAAGGGACUUCCCCUUUCUGCGUUCGUCAAAGUGCGUAAGAUGUUUUUGUUAUUUGCAGAAUUUUCGAUCGUCUGCUCCUCAGCUUUCAUUUCGUUUUGGAAAAAAUAAUUUUAAUCUUUCUUGCAAUAGAAUUAUUUUCCCGUCAGGAUUUAUAUUGUAACUGAAAUGGCAAAAGAAGUUGAUGGCGAACCCAACGGAUGCACUUUCCUUUGGAAAAUUGAAAAUAUAAAUCACUGUUGGUUGGAAAUGAAAGAGCCAAUAGAGAGUCCUCCUUUUAUUGCAGAUGCACUAGAAGGUACAAAAUGGUCUCUACGGUUGUAUCCCAUGGGAUUGACAGAUAAGAAUUAUGUCUGUUUUGAUAUUCUUAGAAAACGUAAAUGUAAUGGACCGGAAGACAUUCGAAUAAAUUUUCAGCUCGGAGCCUUGGAUAAAGACGAAUUGUACUUGAUAGAAAGAACUGCAACUAAAUGCGAUUUCAAGAAAAGCGUAGGUAAGGGAUACCCAACAUUUGAGAGUCGGGAAAAAAUUUUCAUUACUGAAAGAGAAGCAUUUCUUCCUGACGAUACACUGACGUUACAAUGCACGAUAUGGAAUGAAGGACAGAAACCUGUUAACCCAAAAUAUUUAUAUGCUCGAACGGUUUUCAAAGUUAAUCGGAGAUCAUUUGUGUGGAAAAUCGACAACUUCAGCGCUCUUACAUCUGGCAUGAAUAAUAAAUUCAAAGAUGAUUUGAUUGAAUUUGAUUUUGAUAUAAAGGAAGGGCUAGAUUUGGAAAAAAAAUUGGUUGUGAAAAACAUUUCGUAUGAUGAAAGCUUAAAAUAUAUUUCUUUCACAGUUAAUGUUAUAGAUUCCGAAAAAAAGAAGAAAAUUUUAGGAAGCCAGGAAUAUUUCGCUGAUGAUUUGAAAGAAGGAGUGUUACCUACAUUGCUCCACCUUAAAACGUUGUUGGAAAACAAAAGACUGUAUUUUCCGGAUGAUGUUCUACAUCUCGAUUGUGAAUACACGUAUUCAAAUGGAGAUAUUUUAUUUGAACACUGCGGCAGUAGAAUAAUAUUUCAAAAUAAAAAGAAUGAUGGCAUUGAAUGCAGUAAUGAGAACAACAUCAACCAAAAAGAAUCUCUAAAUGCAGCGGAACUGGUGAAGGACUUGAAAUCAAUUUGUAACAAUGCCAUUUUCAGCGACAGUGAACUUCGAACCUCAACGCAAACUUUUCCAACACACAUGGCUAUAUUAAGUGCCAGAUCACCAGUGUUCAAGAGCAUGUUCAGCCAUGACAUGAAAGAGAAGAACAGAAGGCACGUCGACAUAACAGAUUUAGAUGAUGAGACCAUACACCAAAUGCUGCUGUAUAUAUACACGAAUUCUGUGGAAGCACAACAGUUAGAAAGCGUAUCUAAGUUGUAUGUAGCUGCAGACAAAUAUCAAAUUCUGUCUUUAAAAAGCAAGUGUGCUUCAUUCUUGAAAGAGAACUUAUGUCCAACCAAAGCUUGUGAAGUUUUAUUAUUGGCUGACUUACACAGUGACAAGGAUUUGAAAUCAUUUGUAAAUGAUUAUAUAUUAAAGCAUGACAAAGAAGUUUUUGGCUCCCAAGAGUGGAAAGAUUUUAUGGAUACUAAUUUGAAAUUAGCUGCAGAUAUAAUGUAUAGGAAAGUCUACCCUUGCUAGUAUUUAGCCAUACAUUGUGUAACCUCAUCAAUCGUGUUCCUACUACGCUGGAUUCACCUUCUUCCUCGUUUACAGAACUUGAAAAGGCAGAUCAUGUUUACUCGAAAAUUUCAAGCUGCGGAAUGGCAUCAUCAAUGAUGAAUUCUAAACUUAUUUAGAAUAUUUACACACAGUUUUUCUUUUGUAUUUUUUGUUUGAAAUUGAUGAAUUUGGAUGUUUGGUAUAGAUGUACUCGGUUUGUAUUCCAAUAUAUCUGAUAAAUAAAAUCUUAAUGCAUGAUAGAU